AUGAUCAGCGACACCAGCCCCGCCACCGAGCUGCCCGACCGCCCACCGCGCGCACCCUCGCGCAACAGCCAAAGGCCCAUGGCGGCCGGCAGCGGCGACCGAAGCAGCCCCUCUGACCUCUCCCUCGCCACCGCCGCCACCGCCACCGCCACCACCACCUCGCCGUCGCCGGCCUCGUCGUCGUCGUCGCCGCCGCCGCCCCUCCUGCCCGGCAUGCGCGUUCCAACCAUCCAGCGCCCCUCGCCCACCUCGCCCUUUUCCGACUGGGAGGCCUACAUUGUCAGCCAGACGCAAAACUGGGACGAGCACCGCCUCAAGAUGCAGAAGGCUGCCACAAACGGAAGGGUCAUGUGGGCAGACCAGGUCCAGCCCGCCGCACCCGCGUCGACCUUGCCCGGCUACCUAAAGGCCCGCGACCUCAACGACUCGUCGACAUCCUCCGCCGCAAAGGCGCCCGAGCUUAGAGGUCGCAAGAGCUUCGAUGCCGCCGCAAAGGCACCCGAACUUCGAGGCCGCAAGAGCUUCGAUGCCGCCGCAAAGGCACCCGAACUUCGAGGCCGCAAGAGCUCCGACGCCACCGCCCUCGCCAGCCCUCGCUCCGCCGGAUCCGCAUCGCCCGCGUCGCCGCCUUCCGCUGCAUCUACCGGCUCCCUCCGCGUCGCCAAGCUGCUCAGCCCAAAGCCCCGUCGCUCGUCCAUGAUCCUGCACGACGAGGCGCCAUCCCCCACCGAAGCCACGCCCGCCAGCGCCUCUGCCUCGACGAUGCCAGACGCCAAGUCGACCAGGAGCAGGCUCAUCAACUACGGCCGCUCCAACCGCCGUGCCUCGAUCCACUCACUCUCGAGCGUCGGCAACCAAAACGACGGCAGCAACGACAUCGGCGCCGACCUCUCCCGCUCCAGCCACUUCCUCUCGCCCACCUCGGCCCUGCUGUCCGGGCUCGGUGCGCCCUUUGUCACCCACCAGGGCAAGCGCUCGAGCGCCUCGAGCGCCAGCGCCAACGGGUCAGAGGCGUUCGACGACGCGCGCAGGGCCUCGAGCAGCACGGGAAGCGCCGUCAGCGACGUCCGCGUCGCCGGCCACCCGCCACGGCCAGCCUUUCUCGAGCAGUACGGUCUCGAGCCCGACAGCGGCGAGAGCGACGAGGAGCACGACGAGGAUGAGGACCAGGACCGGGACCGGGACGAGAUUGCGGGCAGCGACGGCGACCCGGACACGGAUGUAACCACGCCUAGGAUGGAGGACGAAGACGACGUCGGCAGCAAGCUGCUGCCCACCCUCCUCGUCGGCGGCGCGGCAGCGGACCGGUCGUCCAGGUCGUCGUCGUCGUCCAAGCAGGCCAGAGCCGGCAGCCGCCCCGCGACGGGCACCGGCAGCGUGCGAUCCUUUGAUUCGUCGGCGCCCGUCUUUGCCAAUCGCGACCCCUUUGCGAUGGCGUCCAGCUCCUCGCUCUCGUCGAGACCGGGCAGCUUGAUCGCAUCGCCCGUCUCCCCGCUCGGCGUGUCGUCGUCGUCGACAUCGCUCCAUUCCAAGAAGAAGGGCUCGUCGAUCUCGGGCAGGAGGCCGCGCGGCAGCUCGAGCGCAGGUAGCGCCACCACGUCGUCGAUCCUGCGAUCCAUGCCCGUCGGCGAGUACACCCCACGCCGGUCGGACCGCACCGGCAGCGUCUCGUCGAUGCGCUCGGUGGCUGCCAGCGCCACGUCGUCGGUCGUCAAAAAGUCGAGGAGGGGCUACACAAUCGAGCCGCCGUCGGAACCCGUCCCUCCGCUUCCCGUCUCGGUGGGGGCGGAGGCGGUGGCGGCGGUCGAUGCACCCGCCACGGCGCAGCCUCGAGACCGCCCGCAUUCCAAGACUAAGGCCAAGGCCAAGAAGGCGGCGGCGGCGGUGUUUGCGCAGGAUGACGACGACGACGAGGCAGUGGCGGCGGCGGUCGCGGUUGAGGGUGAUGUCGCGGAUCGGGAGAGCAUCCUCUCGCACUCGUCGCGCUCCUCGAGCCUCAGCAAGGUCGAAGGUCAGAUCCUGGCUGCACCGCCGCUCAACCUGCCCGCCGUCGUCGUCGAAGCCGAUUCGGAUGGCAAAGGCCUGGAAGAGCGGGACACCGGCGUGGCAAAGGCAGUGGCCUCUGCCAAGGCUGGGCUCGAGAAGCACCAGUCGAUCGACGCCGGCGCCCGCAGCCGCAGCAGCAGCCGCGGCGCAAGAGCGCAGACAGAGGCCGAGGCCCAAGCGGAGUGGGACGACCUGCAGAUUGAGCGAUUCCUCCGCAGCGUGCGCGUCCACAUGGACGCCGAGCAGGCCGUCGCGCUGCUGCAGAGGGGAGAGCUGCGCGACCUCCUUGACCCGACCGAGGCGGUGGCGGGCAACGACGCCUCGUCGUCGCUGCUGGAGCUCAAGGACAACGUCGAGCGGCUCUACGUCUCCGGCGCAGGCAGCCGCGGCGGCGACGGCGACGAUGGCUGCGAUUCCGCCUACGAGGCCAUGCUGCGGCGGGUGUCGUCCGUGACGCAGUGGGAGGAUCCGGUCGUGACGUCGGCGGCCGCAUCGCUCUACGCCCUCUGCUGGUACCGCGGUCUGCUGCUGCCGCUCGUGUUUGCCUCGAUGGCGGCGUUGCUCCUCGAGGCUCGCUUCGUCGACGUUCCCAAGGCGGCCGAUCACCUCCGAGCGACGACGCGAGCGCAGCGCAAGAGGAUAGACGUUGUCGAUGCCAUCGAACGCAGCCUCUUUUCGGCGUCGUUUGGCGGCGGCGGCGACGAUGGGUCGGGAGCAGGGACCGACGACGACGACGCAGCAGCCGCAGCAGCUUGCUCGGAUGCAGCGGCGGUGCUGGCCACGACGAGCGGGGCCGUGGCGACGCUGGCGGACCUGCAGGAGAAGGCGCGGCGCAUCGCGACGUGGCACUCCUCGGCGCGGGGCAGCAGUUUGGCCCUCGUCGCCCUCCUGGCCGCCCUCGCGCUGGCCAGCUGCUCCCUCUCGCCGUGGGCCCUCACCCGGCUCGUGGGCGGGUGCAUCGGCCUGCUCGUCUUUACGCCCGCACCGACCCGCGCACGGCUGUGGGAUAGCCGGGCGUGUACGCGCCUCUGGGCCUGGUACGACCGUGUACCCACCGACCGGCAGCAUGCGCGCAGCGUCCUCCGUCGCAGGGUGGCCGCGGCGGCGGCGGUUUCGUCGAGAACCGAGUGA